UGAAAUAUCGCGAUAGCUCAUUGGGCUCCUUUUGCAAGGUAAAUAGCUCACAUCGGUUAGCUUGUGUUCAAUACAGCUGUUUAUCCACCGCUGUCAACCCACCCGUUCAUUAACGACCAUUUAAAAAUAUUUGUUAAAUGGAUCUCAAGAAAGUGGACUGGGUCCAUCUCAAAAGGAGCACGAUGCUGCCAAAAUAACAAAACACUUUUCAGUGAAGUCUGUUUUUCAUAGACUUUUAUCCACUGACUUAUUUGAACGGUUUUCUUCCCUUCUAACUCCUUAUACUAGUGGUUGACCAGGUAAAGAACACUCAGCAGCAGCCAUUAAUAAUGCUGUUCUCUCUGCGAGAGCUGGUGCAAUGGCUGGGCUUUGCCACAUUCGAACUGUUCCUCCACUUGGGCGCACUGCUGGUUUUCAGUGUGCUGGUGGCGCUGCACAUGGACGUGGAUAAGCAGACUCUUGAAAUGAGUUGGUGGCUUGUCUUCUCACCCUUGUUCACUGCUGAUGGCCUCAGUACCUACUUCACCGCCAUUGUAUCCAUCCGGCUCUAUCAAGAAGGAGAGAAGCGUCUUGCAGUGCUGCGCUUGCUGUGGGUGCUGACCGUGCUCAGCCUCAAGUUGGUGUGUGAGGUACUGCUGUGCCAGAAACUGGCCGAACAGGAACGGGCACAAGAUUUGUGGUUCGGGCUUAUUGUAUCCCCACUUUUCAUCCUUCUACAGCUGCUCAUGAUUCGUGCUUGUCGUGUCAAUUAAAGGACAAAUGGUCUGCACUCAUGCCAAUGGACUUAUAUGUAUGACAUGGACACAUGCAGGCAUGAAGAGUGAAUCCUUGUGAACUACACAUUUAUUGUGAUCUUGUCUAUUUUAUGUUCAAAUCAAUUUCUGGCACAAGCAUGUAUACAUGGCAUCAUAAGCAAUGCUUAAAAUGUGCAGUUUUUGAUUAUUAUUAUUGUCCUUAAGUGCUAUUUGGUCUGGAUUUUUUCUGAAUACCGUCAAUGAUGCUUUAUAUGUGUUAGUGUACUUUUAUUGUUGUUUGUACAGUUGUAAAUAAACCAUUAACAUUCAAA